AUACAUGCGUAGAAGAACAGAACCACUCUUUUCUAUUAGGGAAUUGCGCUCGUUGAGUUCAAGCGUGACACACUUGUGAAGAACAUAGAAGUCUUGCAAUAUAAAUAAUGUAGAUAGGUCGGGCAGGCCAGGCAGAACUAUUAGCGUUUACAUUGAAACGACGUCGUGAAUAAACAUAUCGUACGUAACUAUGGGAGAGUAGAUACUCGCAGAAACCUUUUCCCAUUGAAACGCAUUGUAUACACGACUUCCUUUAUGCACACCAGUUAUGUAGUAUGUAAUGAUGAUAAUUAUAUGCUCUGCCCUAAAUCUAUUGGUUAGUAAAUUUGCUUUGCUCAAUUCACGCAUUUGUUCCUCGAAACGACGAGUGAGGUUUCGUGGCCCGACCAAAUGCAAGACGACGUUUCAGCUUCGUGGAGUUCUCACAGCAAAACAAACUGCAUAUAAUUUAUUCGGCCGACCCUCCAGAUAUCGUGUGGAAUAGGCGUACGGCCAGCGGCUCACGGGCUUCGAACGAAGACAAAGCAGACGAAGACCUCAAGUUUUUAAUAUCAUCGCCUAUGAUCACCCUCCCACAGGGCUUAGCUAAAUGCUAAUGGUAUAUAGCUUCGAGAUGCUGCUUGAACCAGCGAACGGAUGCCAUCGUUGUAUUUUGCAUCAGGCGCAUAAUACGUUAUGAUCCGUUUAGCUAGUUCAACAAAAAAUUUCUUCGCCAGCAGUAUAUGUGUGCGAGGUUUCGGGUUGGGUGACAUAAAGGUGGGGUCGACUCAACGAAAGCCAGCAAAAUCGAUCAGCGGUUGCAGUACAGACAAAAGUGGAAAAAGACAGGAGGUAAAGGUGCGCCUCUCCUCAGAGUAUGUGAUGAUGGCGAAGCUAAUAAACAUUCACGAGCACGUUACAUGUCUUCUACUAUCAGUAAUGUUUGCAACGUUGGGUGCAGCAGUUACAAGACAACCGCAGUUGGUUGAACCAAAAAAGCAGAUCUUGGACAAACCGAAGAAUUCAUACGAAGAGCCCACUUCAGUAAGAGAAGAUCUGACGCCAAAGGUCUUGCUGAAGACGACUUUUAAGUUCGCAUUAGAACAACUGUUCCUGCGUCCGGAAAGCUUCAAUGUGCUACAUCCGCUUCGAAAGCUUGCUUACGACGGAGAUCCUGGCGGCCAUUUAUAUAUAGGGUUCAUGCAUUCAUUUGGAUUAGGCGGGUUAGAACGGUCGCAAGCCAAAGCAUUAAUGCAUUAUACUUUCGCUGCAAUCGGCGGAUGUGAGCAAGCCCAGAUGAUCCUUGCCUAUCGGUAUCACUUCGGACGAAGUGUCUCAAAAAAUUGCGAAGUAGCACUCGACCUCUAUAGGCGUGUAGCAAAAAUUGUAGAAGACGAUCGGACACAAAACUCGCGGUCGGCGUUUCCCCUGGAAAAAAUUCGUCUUAGUGACGAAUCGGAUGAUCCAUCGGGUCCGACGACGAAUCAGCUGGAUCGCGAUCUUCUACAAUAUUACCAGUUCCUGGCGGAUAAAGGCGAUGUAAAGGCACAAGUCGGGCUUGGUCAAUUGCUAUUUCAGGGUGGCCGAAAUGUCCCACGUGACCAUGUGCGCGCAUUCCGCUAUCUGUCGCGGGCGACGACAGCUGGCGACAGCAACGCCAUGGCUCUACUGGGCAAGAUGUAUUUAGAGGGGAGUGAUGCCGUGGCCCAAUCAAAUGCGACCGCCUUGAAGUAUUUUUCCAUGUCGGCCGAAAAGGGGAACCCAUACGGACAGACAGGCUUAGCUAAAAUGUAUCGAUUGGGCAGUGGCGUUCCGGUGGACUAUUCCCAAGCUCUGAAAUUGUUAAAAUUAGCAGCUGAACAAGGCUUCCUUGAGGCGCAUGUUGAGUUAGGUCAUAUGUUCUAUUUCGGGAUCGGUGUUGAGAAAAGUUAUCCAGUAGCAUUCAAGUACUUCCAGCAAGCUUUGAUGCAGGGACACACAAGUGCGUUCUACUAUCUCGGCCUAAUGAACGGCCAGGGUACUGGGGUCGUACGGAACUGCCAUAACGCUGUGGACCUUUUGAAGGAAGUUGCUGAACGAGGUCCGUGGAUGUCUUUCAUGCAAGAGGCAUACAAAGCAUAUUCUGAAGGCCGCAUGAAUGAAGCCCUCAUCAGAUAUAUGUUCGUCGCCGAGCUUGGUUCAGAAGUGGCGCAAAGCAACGCGGCCCAUGUGCUGACAAACACCAAUCCUGUUCUUUACAGCGCCAAUGCAUCACUGGCGCUAGCCAUUCGUUUCUGGCAGAUGGCCGCCGAUCAGGGCUCGCCAGCUGCCCGUCUAAAGUUGGGCGACGCCUACUUCUACGGCUACGGGGUGCCAGCAGACUACAAUGAAGCGCUACAAUAUUAUCGACUUGCAGGCGAAGAUAAUUUUCGACCCUCUGCACAGGCACUAUUUAAUUUGGGGCUGAUGCACGAACAUGGCCAAGGGGUACCGGCAGACAAUCAUCUUGCUAGACGAUAUUAUCAUUUGGCUGCGACUGCUUCAGAAGAUGCACAGGUUCCAGCACAGCUCGCGCUGUUCAAGAUGGCCCUCGCGGAAAUGAUAAAACGAAUGCGCAGUUUGCAAUGGAUCGAGACGACCAUGAGUGGUCUUUUAGGAGACAACUGGGAUCUUUACAUGAUGGCCAUAUUCAUGGUGUUUCUGGUGAUUUUAAGGUACAUGCGUAGCUAUCUAUUUUGACAUAGAAACUUUUAGGAAGGUCGGACACUAUGUCAGAUGGGCGAAAAAGAAAGUAACUACAAGUAACUACGCUGAUCUCAAGCAAAGGAAUCGUCUGAUCUUCAUGCUGCCGUAAUUCCUCUUAGUUCCCAUCAUAACACGUAAGGAUAAUGAGCGUCGUCGAAACUUGAUUUUUAGACUUAAAACGCGCGCUACUGUUGCGCAAAGCUAAUUGACUUUAAUAAUCUAUAAUCUUUUAAAUUAGACAGGAAUAUCGUAGUACGAUGGUGGCGUCAGCGAAUCAGUAUUCGCAAUGUUGUUGGUGUGUGAUCACGAUUACAGAAAAGGCUGUAUUUUGUUGGUUUAAUAAAAGCACGCUGAUUAGACCUAACUGUCGAACAAAAAAAAUACGUUCGGUAAAACAGCUGCGCCAUUUGGUGCUGUGCUAAUAACACCGUGCUUCGUAGUUCCUAGCGGUGGCUAGCUCUGAUGGGGCUCACUAAUAGUUAGGGUUAUUGAGGGGCGGCAAAGCUUGCCUCACGUUACGAAUGAAAAAAAGUUUGUUUGCCUCCGUUUGUACUGAUUAGGGUGUAGUAAACCCAGCGCGUGCUUGAAGCUAUAACAAGCGAUAUCUGCUGUACUGCAGCUAUUAUGAUGGGUCUGCUUCGUUUCACGAAAUUCCGUCUCUGUUUUGAAUUGAGUUAGCCAUUGUAUUUAACUUGUGUUCCAGAAUAAUUUAAUACGAGUAUCUAUAAAGAU